AUGAGUGGAAAUUAUUCAGUAUUUGAGGAAUUUCUCAUACUUGCAGUAUCAGACAAACCAGACCUUAAAGUUCUUUUGUUUUGUAUUCUCCUUUGUAUCUAUGUGUUGACUGUAACUGGAAAUGCUAUUAUCAUUAUGGUGUCACAAAUGGACAAGCGUCUUCACAAACCAAUGUAUUUUUUCUUGUCAAAUCUUUCUUUUUUGGACAUCUGCAACACCUCUACUACCAUUCCCAAAAUGCUGCAAGUGCUAAUAAUAAAGAGGAAAUCAAUCUCAUUCAUUGGCUGCGUAACACAGAUGUACUUCUUCUUGGCUUUUGUGGGCACAGAGUGCAUUUUACUCGGAAUAAUGGCCUAUGACCGUUUUAUAGCUAUAUGCAGCCCUCUGAAAUAUUAUACCAUUAUGAACCAUAAACUUUGCUUCUACCUUGCAGGCUUCUCUUGGGUCAGUGGGCUAGGGAAUUCUGUUGUUCAUACUGUUUUAACUUUCCGCUUGGACUUCUGUAACUCAAACAAAAUAAAUUACUUUUAUUGUGACAUUCCUCCCCUACUCUCUCUUUCCUGUGACGAUACCUCUAUUAAUGAAGUUUUGUUACUGUUAAUUGGAGUAUUCAUAGGCUGGACACCUUUUUUCUGCAUCACUGUAUCUUAUGUAUACAUCAUUGUUACAGUAAUGAAAAUUAGAUCUAUUGAAAGCCGGAAGAAAGCAUUCUCUACCUGCGCCUCCCACCUUACAGUGGUGGUUCUGUACUAUGGUAGUUCUAUUUUUAACUAUGUGAGACCAAUUUCUUCAUAUUCUUUAGGCAAGGACCGAAUAAUCUCAGUGAUGUACAGUGUAGUGACACCAAUGUUAAACCCCCUGAUAUACACCUUUAAAAACCAAGAUUUUGAAAAGGCAAUUGGAAGAAAGUGGGAG